AUGCGAAUCAUUUGGUGCUGUAUUUUCAUAUUCUGUGUACCUACGCACAGCUCAAUCAGCUCAGAGAUCUCAUGUGUCUCAAUGGUGCAGCGGCAAGCACUAGCUGUGGUUCCAGGCGGACGAAAGCCAAGACCCUGGGAAGUGAACAACUACAUAAUUGCAAAUUAUCACAAAGCUGGCGCAUUCCUAUCAGACAGCUUGACCAGGACCAUUCUUGAGAUUCUUGGCGCUCCAAAGGAAGUUUUUGGUCAUGUUGAGUAUCCGUGUUACAGCUCCGGGAGCGACAGCUUCUUGCAUCUUUGCCACAACAUGGAAGCACCCUUUUUGGUCUACACUGACGCCUUCAAUGCCUCUGUUGAAUCUGCAGAGCGCUUGAAAUCUGGAAGCAAAAAGCUGCUGGUGGCAGGUUUCGUGAGGGAUCCUUUAGAGAUGGUGGCAUCGGCUUAUUGCUACCAUCAUGCCGGUGAAGAGCUUGGCAACCAAAUGUUUCCCGUGAAAGAAAUCAUGCAAAUGGGUCCUGAAGAAGGCACUCAGGUGACAGCCACAGCUCUUUUGCCCUUGGCGGAAUGGAUGACCAGUGUGUUUGAAGACCCAGAUGAUGACACGCUUCGGUUGGAUUUCGAGGAUCUAACCAAGUCUUCUGCUAGAUUUGAUUCUGGAGUCCAGCGUUUGCUGAAUCAUUUCUUUGGUACCGGGACGGAUCUGAUCUCAAAGCAGGAACGCUUUCUGAUUGCUGAAAAAGCCAAGGUGUACGAUGCAAUCGGAAUCCAGAAACUACGAGUGUAUACAUUAACUCUACCUUUCCAAGUGUCGAGCACAGCAGCGACCCUGUCUGCAAGAAAGCCGCGCAUUCAGCUUUGCAUAAAUCCUUGA